CCCCACCACCAGAUGACUGUCAGUGCGUAUUUCCAAUUGGCAAGAGGGAGUGAAAAGUAAAACGAGGAGACUCGCCGGGGAAGCGCGCGUGAGAGAGGAGGUAGUGAGAGUGAGCGUGUCUCAGUGGGAACAGAGUGAGAUACUCCAGCUGAGGGGCGAGAGACAACUUCAGCGGGGUUAUCAUUGCGCACUGUGGUGGAAAACAGAUCGCUUCCGAGCCCAACAUGUUCAAGCAGGCUAAAAAAGUGGACUGUGGACGAAGCUUGACUAAAGCGCUUGACUCACUAAUGGACUGCUAAAGAGCACAGAAACGGGCAAAGGCUGUGUGCCACAGAGACAGGGAGUUGACGCUGGUGCAGAAGGAAAGUUAUCAACUAUGGAGAUGCACUGUUAAAUGAGAGUUUGUAAACUGCUUGGACCAUUCAGAGUCAUCUAUCUAACGUGGACGCUAUUAUAGACGAAUCUUUGCGCGCUUGUCCGUCCGGUGAUCCUGAUCUUGGUGCCGCGGCAGACCCAACCUGCUCGGUCGCUUAGACGGAGCAAGAAUCUUUCCAGGCUACACAGUCGGCGACCAAGGCUACUAAAAUGUAUUCUCUAUACCUCAUAUUUUGCCUUAUGACCACAGCAGCCACCCAAGCGGCCUACUUCUCCCAGCAGCCCCAGGACCAGGUGGUUGUGUCUGGCCAGUCGGUUACUCUACCUUGUGUCAUUGUGGGUUACAGAGGAAUUGUACAGUGGACCAAAGAUGGCCUGGCACUAGGUGGAGAGAGAGACCUACCAGGCUGGACGCGCUACUCCUUAAUGGGCAACCCGCUAUCAGGCGAGCACAGCUUGUUGAUCGAUUCAGCAGAGUUGGCGGAUGACGCGGUGUAUGAGUGUCAGGCUACACAGGCGGGGCUGCGCUCCCACCGUGCCAAGCUCACUGUACUAGUUCCUCCCUCUGACCCUAUGGUGGAAGGUAGUCCUGUUGUACGUCUGAAGGCCCACACACCACACAAUCUCACCUGCAGAGCCUCAGGAGCCAAACCUGCUGCUGAGAUUACCUGGUACAGGGAUGGAGAGGUCAUGGAGACAGCUAUUUAUUCUAAGUCACUAAUGGAGGAUGGGAAGAGGGAGGUAGCUGUCAGUAUGCUUCCAAUCAUCCCAGAAGAUAGUGACUCUGGACGCACCUAUACCUGCAGGGUUCUCAACCAAGCCGCUCCUGCUGGACGACAGACAUCAGUCACUAUCAAUGUCCAGCACCCUCCCACAGUGACGCUAUCAGUUCAGCCUCAGACUGUGACCGAAGGAGCCAAGGUUCUCUUCAUCUGCUCUGCUUCAGCCAAUCCGGAGAUCACUGGAUACAGGUGGUCCAAAGGAGGAGUGCCCAUCUCUGAAGCAAAUGGGGACAGUCUCGAGGUGACAGUGGACUAUUCUUACUUUACAGACCCGGUCUCCUGUGAGGUGUCUAACUCUGUGGGCAGCACCAAUGUCAGCACUCUGGUCGAUGUGCAAUUUGGCCCCCGAUUGCUGUCAGAACCCAAGCCAAUGACAGUGGAUCUAGGGAUGGAUGCAGCUUUUACUUGUGCAUGGACUGGAAACCCCCCUCUGACCCUGGCUUGGACAAAGCAAGGCUCGAGUGUGGUGCUCAGCAAUGGUAACACUUUGCAGCUGAAGGCUGUUACCCAGGAGGAUGCUGGAACAUACACCUGCAAGGCCAUUGUUCCCCGCAUUGGAGUUGCAGAAAGAGAUGUCACUCUAACUGUGAAUGGUCCACCUAUCAUCACAGCAGAUGCCACACAGCAUGCUGUCAAGCACUCCAAGGGCAAGCUAGAGUGCCGUGUGGGAAACAGUCCCCCGCCUGAUAAGAUUGUAUGGACCUUUGGAGAUAUGACGCUGUCCUCUGGUUCCUCUGGUCGUUACUCAGUGCAGACUGUGACCAGCGACCAUGGGGUUUUGUCCUCACUGGUGCUAUCUGAGACUCUGGCACAGGAUUUCCAGAUGCGAUACAAUUGCACAGCUUGGAACCGCUUCGGCACCGGCACCGCCCUGGUCACACUGAAGGAACAAGAGGCACUGCCUAUGCUGGUAAUUGUUGGUGGAGCAGUAGGUGGAGGCUGUGUCCUGCUCAUCUGUGUCAUCACAUUGGUUUCCCUCUGCUGCAGGCACACAGGCAAAGGUGAGCUCAACGGUAAAAGGUGCACUCGUCUUUCCAAAAGUGAUAUCAGAGUCCAGAUUGUUCACAGUGAUCACAAUGCUACACGUGGCAAUGACGAUGAGGAGGAUGUCAAAGAACCCAUGAAAUACUUGGUCUUCCCUCAGGCUCCGAACAGUAGUGAGUCUCCAGGGACAUCGCGCACAGAGCAUAGCGACCUCUUGGAGGAGGAGGAGGAUGAAAGAUCAGACAUCAAGGACCCAACCAAUGGAUACUACAACGUUCAUGGUCAUGACGACCGUCACAUCCGCAGCAGUGGAUUCUCUGAGUAUGUGCCCAACUCCCGGCCAGUCUACACUCCAUCGCAGCUGCCCUCCCCAAGCCCCAUGUAUGGUCAGCAUGGCACCCAACCUCGUGUCUAUGACUUCUCCCACCGAUAUGCCACCAACACAGUGAGCAGAUCUUCAUAUGAACAGCAGCAAGCUGCCCAGCAGCAGCCUAACCAACCAGCUAGCAUAUAUCCCACUGAUCCCCUCUACAGUGGCUCAGCUUACCUACCUGCUACCUACGGCCGUGCCUUCACCAGCUAUGUUAAGCCUGCUUCCUAUGAGAAGGUGGAUGCAUAUGACCAGUCGGAUCAGGCAAGCAAGGUGUCUAGCUCAUCUCGCUUCUCUUAUGCCUCCUCACAAGUGUCCUCCCAGCAGUCAGACUACGGCCGCCCCUCACAACGCAUGCAGACACACGUCUAACUUGACAAGAAAUGGAGAAAAAAAAGAGGAGUACAAACAGAGAAGUGAGUAGAUAAGCAAUGCCACUUCCACAUACACAUGUGGAUGGACUAACAUGAAUGGAGACUUUCUUACUCACAGUCCAGCAAGAAUUUGUCUGGACAAUAUUCAGAGAGUAAUGAUGAAGAUAAUGGGAAAACCAACCAAUCUGUGAUGGAUGCCGGGAUCUACAAUAUGGCUACACGAUUUCCUGAGCUGGAAAAAAAUCAACAGAUUGUGAUGUUCAAGUCAAAUAUAUGAUGGACAUUAUUGUGAUACCUCACCAGGUUAUCUUGGCACGAUGACCACCCAAAAAUGAUAUUUUGUAAGUGCAAGGGGCCAACUAGAGCAAAAAUCAAACCCAUCUUCUGAAUCUGGGUGGCCAAAACAACUGGGAUAGCCGUUUACCUACACACAAGAGUUUACUUUGAAUCAACACUAAAUGUCAAACACAACCUUUUAAAUACUUUGAAAGAAGAUCUCACAAGUUAAGACAUGUUUGAAGAAAAAAAAAACUCUAAACAGCCUUUUGAUGUCUGUCAUUUAGUGUCUUGUUGGCAUGCGAAAGGAAUUCUAAGCACAUUUGUGUCUCAAUCAUCAACAAAAGACUGAGCUGUCCAGAGAGACAGGCAUAAACAUUUCUGCACAACAGGCUAGCUGUACUGACCAACAAGUGCUACAGGCACCACUCUGUAUGAUGAGUAAUCAAACAGUGGAAUACUUCUGACCAGAGUUGCAUUCCUGGAACAUCCUCUGAUAAACGCCACAUAUUUUGGACAUAGCAGUGGAUAAAAGAAAGAGAUUUGAGGAGAAUGUGGAUUUUAGCCUUCAUUUUAGUGGAGGACUCAUUGUUAACUGUGUGUUGUACCAAGAUGAACGAGGUGAGGCCAUGAAAUCCCAAAGAUGGUAGUAGCUGUAUAGGUAAAAAUGGGGGCGAAAGCUAAAAUACUGCUGUGCUACCCCUUGUGUUGUUUCUGCUGUUUUCUGAUUGUAUAAAGAGGAGGAUAUUAUCAGAACAAUCAAAACUGGCAUUUGGAAAAUUGUGGCAAUCUUGAACUUGAAAUAAACUUGAAUGCAGCAUCAACUUCAGCAGGCUCAGGUGGGGUAAGGCGUUUAAGGCUGUCCCAAAUGCGGACCAUUCACUCAAGUUUUACAACUCAAUCAAAUUGUCUCAGUAUGUUUACAAGAAACAGUACUACCCUGAAACACUAAGUAUCUGUACAAAUGGCUGAGCCCAUACUUUCUCUCUGUUGCAUGCAAAUGAUGUGUCUUGUGAAAACCUUCAGCGUUUAUAUUCAUGUCCAUUUCAUGUUCGAGACAUUGGUUUCUGCACCUGAUCCUGUUGCAUUCCACUUCCCGGAUGUUUCAGCAUGGAAGCCUGUACUGCCAUUCGUCUAGAAAAGCUGUUGCCAGGCAGCCUAAUGAGAGAGAACAAAGGUCACUUAAAGUGAGGAGGCAAACAUCAUCGCUUGUCUUUAUUUUUAUAUUUUAUAUAAGCCUUAAAGUACAGCGUGUAAGCUGCUCUAUUGUAAAGUAUCUUUAUAUACAUAUGUAUCUAUCUUGGUUGAUUUGUUUGGCUCUUCAGACCUUCAUGUCUAAGUUGUUCAUCAAUCAUUGAAUGCAGUUACUCUGCUUUUUUGGAAACACAACUAAUUGCCAUUUGUUUGUUCAUUCUUUUAAUAAUGUAUUAAGAAUUUUAUUUGCUAAAAAUGAGCUACUGUUGCUUGUACCUUUGUACACAUAUUUAUAUUUAAAUAAAACCAUUUCCGAUAAA